UUUUCACAUGACAUGCUUAAAUUACUUCAAGAAUGACUCUAACAAACAUUACCCUCUUUACUGUUUGGCGUCAUUCGAUACGGAAGUUGAUAAUUUUCAUAGAUCGCACUGCCGUCUGGCGUUAAAGGGAAGGAACUGCAAAGGGAUUUUACACAGGAUGGAAACUAUAAGCAGACAUGAGUUGGUACCUUUUACAGCCUUGAUGAACAUGAUCAAGUUUAACUACCUGGAAAAGAAAGAAGUUUAUCAGGGAAUACUAGGAAUUCUUGGAGAUUAUGACCCUAUUGAUGAAGAAAACAAAAAGAGGACCACAAGAUAUAUAGAGCUAUUGUUGACUGACCAGCCAGACUUAGCUGAGUACCUCCUAUCAUUCCUACCUAAUGGGAUGGCAGUAGAUCAUAUUGGAGUCUCUGAGAUCAAAGAUGAUACACAUCAUAAACUGAAACUAAAAAAGAAGAAAACUGUUAAGUUAUAUCAGACCAGUAAUACAUCAACAGUGACAAGUAUUAGCAAUAUUGCUAGUAUCUCUACACAACAGAUACCAUCAUCUACAGAACAACCAGUUUUACCCAGUUCUAAGACGUUAAUUCCAAUUACUUCUUCCAGAACCAGCAGCAGUCCUAAAUGUUCAACUUUAUUACCUGUCCCUCAAAUACUAAAUGAAGCAGUUGGAGAUGUAGCUGAAGGCUUGAUGAAUAGGUUUAGAAGUGGUACCCAGGGAAACCAGGUCACUAGCAACAAAAAAUUACCAGGGUUUAUCAGCAAGCAGACGACAGAACAAAAUUUGUACAACAUGAGAGAAAAAGUUGUACCAUCUUCAAAUAUCAAAAUGACAACUAACACAAAUGUGUUAUCAUCGUCAUCUGUUUAUACUGGUACAUCCAAUUUACCAAUGUUGUAUGAAAACCAUGUAAACCAGCAGGCACCAAUUUGUCCUGUUGUACCUUCUCUGAAAUUGCAAAAGAUUGUUACACAGGGAACCAGUAAAGAUGUUCAUUGUAAUGUUAACCCUUUGUAUACUGCAAGGCAACAGCAAUGUCAUUGGGUACCAGAAACAGCUGAACCAACAACUGUUCAAGCUGGUGGUAAAACUAAACCCCAACAAAGUUUUCAAGAAUACAACCACUAUGCAGGAAACGAUACAAUGCAUGAAAAUAAUCAACAUUCUCUCAUUGGAUCAGAUAAUAGUAUUGUUAGAUUUGAUCUUGACCAUUUCAAUACUAUACCAGAAAAUUUACAUUAUUUUAAUCAACAUGAACCACUGAUACCAAGUCUGCGAUUUCCAAUACACUCAACACCAAAAUUGAACUUCACACCGGCAAAUGUUUCAAUGACUAGGAAACCAGCAUCUCAUGAUUUUUUAUCAUUAAUAAAUCAACCAGUGACUGAACACCAGUUUCAACCUAUUUCAGAGCCUAUUCAAGGUCACAUGAACAUGUACCAUAAUACCAGAGCACUAUCAGCAUUCCCAUACACUCAUGAAUUUGUAUUUCCAAAUGGAAAGACACAAAAUGUAUAUGUAAACAGAGGUGGAGUACAAAUUGACCAAAACCAGCCACAAAAUAUAGUUACAACACAAAACAAUAUAGUCAUGAAAUCACUGAACAGGAACCAACCUCAAACGCAUGGAAGAAAUCUCUCCAUUCUCACAGGAAUACCAAUGCAAAAUAUAACAAACAUUCCAAAUCAAAAUAUACUGUGUGACCAUAAUAAUGUAACAUCACACACAGUAAAUCACAGUCAUAUCUCUGCCUCAACUUUCAACACACAAAGUUUCUUACAUACUCAAGGUAUACCAACAUCCAUUCAACAAAAUACACAUUUCUUGACUCCAACCCAGUCUAUGCAAGCUGGACCAUCUGGAAACUUUACCCCUCAUAUGCUCACUCCUGUACAGUACAAUCAUGAAUUGAGCUUAGUAGAUCCAGUACUAUCUAACCAGAGUUUGGAUACUACUGGUAGUCUGAACAGAACUAAACCAAAGAAACUGUCAAUGACUGCUAAUUCAGCUGUUCGUAAAAAGUUAAGAUUGACUCCAAAUAAUGCAAAUAUACCUAUGUAAAAGCUUGGUAUGAAAUAUUUAUCAUCAAGAUUGAAUCCAAAAAAUUCAAAUAUGCCUAUGUAAAACUUUGGUAUUAUAUUUCAUCAAGAUUGACUCCUAAUAAUUUUAAUAUACCUUGGUAUUAUAUAACAUCAAAAUCGACUCAAAAUAUUAUAGUUAGUCAAUAUACCUAUGUUAAAGCUAAGUAUUAUAUACAUGUAUCAUCAAGUUCGCUCUUCUGUAGAUCACAUCAGAACCCGAAAAAUUAACAUAGGUUUUCAAGUAUAUUACAUUGUUGUUUAGAUCAAUUAUACUUUCUGUACUAGUGUUAAUAUAUGUAUUUACCAUAUGCAUGCAUGUAUAUCCACUUUUUUUUCAACUCAAUUUUUUAAAGCAUGGAAAUAAUUUGAAAUGUAAGUAAAUUGCUUAAUUUUAUGUACAAAUGGAGAAUUAUCUCCCCCUUGUAAGCUAUUUAUUAUGCUACCUGCUUUUAAUAAAAAAAUAAUUUACAUGAAUGUGAUUAUAUGGGAUGUUCAGAAAAAGUCAGGACCUGUAAAUAGUUCCUAUUCUGAAUUUCAGAUUUUAUGAAACAUUUCUCAUUCAGUUCUUUAUUCUUAAUUUAUGCAGUUCUAGUUUAUAACAUUUGUUAAAGUUCUGUUAAAUUCAAACAAAAUGUAUCUUACAUAAAAAGUAAGAAAGUUUAAAUUUGAAAUAGGUAUAUUGUCACCAAAUUUUAACUGUUUGGGUCAAUAUUUAUAAAUAUAAAAGCUUAAUUUUUCUAUUUUAGAUAGAACAAAAACUAACCCAAAACAUGCUUUAAAAAGAAAGUUGUUAUCAAUUUUGUGUACCUGAUGUAAUAUCAUAGCUGAUAUUUUGACCAAAAUACAAUACUGAAUUUUGAACAUAUAAAG